UGUGAAAGCCACACUUCCUGGAUCCUACACCGCAGAGAGCAGCAGCCUUUCAAGAAACCAGCCAAGUGUUGAGACCGACAGAGGCCGAGGGACACCGAUACUGUCCCCACUAGCUGGUCCCCACCGUGUCCUACCUGCUGUGAAGGAAAGCCGUUCGUCAGCAUGUCAGGGAUGACAGCCAGCACCACAAACUACCUGUGGUCCCUACACGAUGUCCUGGGUCAAGGGGCCACGGCCAGUGUCUACAAGGCCCGCAAUAAGAGGUCGGGCGAACUGGUUGCCGUCAAGGUGUUCAACGUGGUGAGCUACAACCGGCCCCAUGAGGUCCAGAUGAGAGAGUUUGAGAUGCUCAGGAAGCUCAACCACAGCAAUAUUGUCAGGCUCUUCACUGUGGAGGAGCUCCCCUCUAAACAGAAGGUGCUGGUGAUGGAGUAUUGUUCAGGAGGAAGCCUGCUCAGCCUGCUCGAGGAGCCAGAAAACGCCUUUGGUCUGCCUGAAACAGAGUUCCUCACUGUAUUGCAGUGCAUAGUGCAGGGUAUGAACCACCUGCGAGAAAAUGGAGUGGUACACCGGGACAUUAAGCCAGGGAACAUCAUGCGGCAGGUUGGGGAGGACAGCAAGUCUGUUUACAAGCUGACAGACUUUGGAGCAGCAAGACAGCUGGAAGAUGAUGAGAAGUUCAUGUCCAUUUAUGGAACAGAAGAGUAUUUGCACCCAGACAUGUAUGAACGUGCUGUGAUGCGUAAGCCUCAUCAAAAAUCCUAUGGAGUGAGCGUUGAUCUGUGGAGUAUUGGUGUGACCUUAUAUCAUUCUGCCACGGGGAGUCUUCCCUUCACGCCAUACGAAGGACCCCGCAGGAACAAACCCACCAUGUUCAAAAUAACUACCGAGAAGCCUAUGGGGGCGAUAGCUGGAAUACAGCGGGUGGAGAGUGGACCUAUUGAGUGGAGCUACCACCUACCUCACAGCUGCCAACUGUCACAGGGUCUGAGGGUGCAGCUGGUCCCAGUCCUGGCAGGUAUACUGGAGGCUGACCAGGAGAGGUGCUGGGGUUUUGACCAGUUCUUCAAAGCCACCACAGAUGUAUUGCAGCGACAACCGGUUCACCUCUUUUCUCUGCAGCAGGCUAUAGCGCACUGUAUCUACAUACACCACUACAACACCGUGUCAGUCUUCUAUGAGGAGGUGGCGUCUCAGACCGGCAUAGGGGUACAGCAUCAACACCUGAUGUACCUGGGUCAUGAGCUCCUCCUGGAAGGCAACAUGAAGAUGGUCAACCUUCCACGUACCUCACCUUCUCAGCCCCUCAUUCUGCUCAGCUACGCUCCUGAAGCAAACACUAGCCUGCCCUUCAGAGAACCAGAGACACCUAUCAUUCCAUCCAGAUUUGACAUCUUGGCAGACUACAGUUUCUCAAAGGUAAUAGUUGGAGUGGUCCACCAGUAUCUAAGGAUAGUACAGUUACUGCACACUCACCGAGAGCUGCUGCUGCAGGGAUACUACAGCUACAUGAUGAAAUUGCGCAGUGAGUGUGGAGAAGCCAUGCAGAAUAUAGCGAUGAUCACCAUUAGAUUACAGUCCUGCCUCGGUGCUGAACACAGGAUUAACACAUUAGGCCCUUUCUCUUCAGAAAAUCAAGGUCCAGGUGACAGUCAUAGGCUACAGCUGGUCCAUGAACACCUGCCUGUGUACACUGCUGGUAUCCAGGAGUUUCAGAAGCGACUGGACCUCCUGCAGAUAGAACAGGCCAAACUAGCAGAGAAUCUGGCUAAUGACAAAAGCUGUCAGAAGAUGGAGAUGCUUCUGCAGAAGAUAAUGGCAAUUCAUCAGCAUUAUCGUAAAGACCGGCUGACUGGCAAGCUGGGAUAUAACGAUGAGCAAAUCCACAAGUUUGAGAAAAUCCACCUGUCGAACCACAUUAAGCGAGUGAAAUCUCUCUUCAGGGAGGACUGCGUGCAGAGAUACAAAGAGCUUUUGGCCUCAACAAGAACGUGGAGCAGUGUCACACUUGAGAUGCAGACCCGACUGCAGGACUUCAGUUCUUUCUCCACAGGCUUGCUGGCAGACUUGGAGAUGAACGUGCAGCGCCAGAAUAAGGUCUUGGACAGGAUCCUUUAUAAUUUGCAGUCUCAGAGAGCAGGUCAACAGCAAGGAAUUGCGCCAAAGGACAAGGACCAGAUGGUCUCCAGGAUGCACCAUUUAAAGGAGGAAAUGGAGAUUUUGGUGAGAGAGCUGCAGUGUAACAACAGCAUUAUUGAGAGCCUGGGAGCAGUGAACCCAACACCCUCUCUGGAGCCCGGUCUAGCCAGGCCCUCGACGCUGUGACCAAAGUGGAGCAUCUUUGGACUUUAACUCAGAAAUUCGCAUGCAAAGAGAAAAACCUCAGUUGCCAAAUGCCAAAACCUCAGUUUAACUGCCGUUAAUGAACUGUGAAGAGAAUCUUCUUUCAAGGAAAUGUGAAUUUUAGUUUAGAGAUGACAUGGCAGGUACCAUAAGCAGAUCUGAGUCUGUCUGUGUAUAUAUGUGUGUGUGUGUGAGUGCCAACUGAGUACAGCAGUUCAAUACAAACAUCAUUAAUGUAUUAAGUGUUAUUGUAUUUUUUAAUAGGUUGCCAUAGUGAUUGACUGUCAGGAUAAAGCACAAUGAAUGUCA